UGUUCUCUUUCCCCUUGAUGUGUGGCAUUAACAGUCACUACUUUGGUUUUAUUUGUUGUCUGACCUAUUCGUGUCUGUCUCUCAACUUCUUCAUGAACUGACUUAGUGAUCACCUCUAGGAUAUAGUCAUCAGUCACCUCGUUGUCACUCAUGAGCGCUUUUAAGUCUCUCCUGACAUAUGUAUAUUUUUCGCUUAUUCCUUGGUACAGAGAGUGAAGAAAUGCACCUUGGACUAGCCUUCCGUCAUACUGCAAACCUGAGCUGUUGUGCUGUGCGGAAAACAGUACACGCUGCUUAAGUCCCAUCAACCGGUACAUAAAUUGUUGUGGGCUUUCACGGUCAAGUUGUCUUGCAUUACUGAGUUCCUGAAAUAACUCGGAAUUACUUUUGUCUUUCAAAUGUGUUCUGAGAAACCGCUUCAGCUCAGUUACCGUUAAGUCAUAUUUUGUCAACAGCAUAUCUUUAAAUGUGCCUGGUCUGAUGAUUCUUAACACAGCACGGAUGAUCUCAUUUUCAGUAAAGUUCUCGGCUAACCCCUCAUCGAUCUGUUUGCAUAGGGCACCAUAACUAACAUCAGAGUCUGAAUCAGAUAUUUGUCCGCUGUGAAUUUUGAAUUCCCUUCUUGGUAAGAAAGCUGCUACAUCUGAUAGCUUGACAAUAUCAGAAGCCUGGCUACUUAGGGAUGGCUGUUUAUCCACCCUAACAUGCACAACUGGUGAUCCUGUUGCUAAUACAGCCUCCGCCUGUAGCUCUUGCUCCUCCACACUGGCUGUUGGCUGCUGAAGCUCCGUAAGGAGGUCGUUGAAGAGCAGGAGCCGUGACAUACCUUGGUCCUCUAGACUUGCCAACUGGUUACUUCUCACAAAGUCCACAAUGAAGUCAUAAAGUUCUACCUCGGUUGCGUCGUCACCUGGCGCGUCCUCCCUCGCCUCUCCCUCGAUGGAAGCCGUCAACUUGUGGAGCACGUCGGUGUUUGAAGAGCUGAUCAGCUGGUGCAGUUUCUUCUGAAUGCCUCGCUGCAACUCGCGUAGUGCUGACAUCUUGGAUCACAGUGAUGGUGCGUCUGUCCAGGCUGGAUGACAUGAUGUUAUUCUCCCUCCCCCCUUCCACUCCUCCCUUCCUCGUAUUCCUUCUCUUCCUUCACUCCCUUCCUCGGCCUCUGCUUUUCUCAUCCCUGCCCCAUGUCCCGCUGAGCUGGACCUCGCCUCACAACCCAUGCUACCACCUGGACGGCCGUCCUCGUCACUGUCUAUCAGAGUUCAUCAACGCCGCCUACGGGGUGGCCGUCAACGCCAGUCGCUCUCUCCAAGGCUCGGAUUUCGACGGCAACGUCAGCGCCUUGACUGACCUUCACAAUCCACACAACCUCACCUGCUGGCAGGCUCUAGGGGGUCUGAAGAGUGGGGACUGGGUUCUCACUGUGCCCCUGGGGCGCCGCUUUGAAAUCACCUACAUCAGUCUGCAGUUCUGCCAUCAUGGGGAGCCAUCGGACCCCAUCUCCAUCUCCAUACUCAAGUCCAUGGACUACGGGCGCACUUGGAGGCCCAUGCAACACUACUCCAGUGACUGCUUUGGGGAUUUUGGGCUUCCCUCCCAAACGGUGGCCCAAACCCGGCACCAGGAGACAGAACCCCUUUGCUCAGAUCCGCGGCCCUUGCAAAGGCAGCGAGGCGGCAUGGUGCUGGCUUUCUCCGCUCUCGAUGGGCGUCCGUCCGCUCCUGAUUUUGACUACAGUCCCACCUUGCAGGACUGGGUGACGGCCACUGACAUCCGCGUGGUCUUCCACCAAAAAACAAAAAUGGGCUCGGACGGGUGGACGGAAGAAGGACAAGGGACGGACCUCCCGAGGUGGAGAUCUGGCUCAGACAACACUCUGCAACACUUUUUUGCCACAAAAAACUCUGACAUAAUCACGCAAAAGAAAGCGGACAAACCUCAAAGGAGGGGUCAUCACAAGAGCUCACAUCAAGAUAAAGAUGGACACAAUGCGACCAGCAAGGAGAGCGUGGACACUUUCAGCUCAGAUGUGUCCUCAAAGAAGGCAGUGAGAGCUCGAAAGCUUGGCCGCAAGAUGGAGAGAGACCACUGGCUGCUUUGCCCCAAAGGCGACUGCAACUGGACGGAGGAGGAACUGAGGAAAGAACUGAGGAAGCGUAGAAAUAACCACCAGAGCGCCCGGCAAAGCUCCAGGAAUCUAAUGGUGGUGCCUCCCACCCCCGCCGCCCCCACGCCUCUGGCCCUGUCGGACCUGCAGGUGGGCGGCAGGUGCAAGUGCAACGGACACGCUUCCAAGUGUCGCCGUGACGAUGCCGGGCAGGCCUUUUGCGUGUGCGAGCAUCACACGGCGGGCCCGGAUUGCGACGUGUGCGAGGAUUUCUACUUUGACAGACCCUGGCAUCGAGCGACACCCACGCAGCCCAACCCUUGUGUGGCCUGCGAGUGUAACGGCCACUCCAGCAAGUGUCGCUUCAGCAUGGAGGUCUUCCAGCAGUCCGGACGCCGUAGCGGGGGCGUCUGCCUCAAGUGUCGCCACCACACCGCCGGGCGUCACUGCCAGUAUUGCCAGAAUGGGUACACCCGGGACCUUAGCAAGCCACUGCACCACCGCAAGGCCUGCCAGCCAUGUCAGUGCCAUCCUUUGGGGGCGGUGGGCCGCUGGUGCAACCACACCUCGGGUCAGUGCCUGUGCCGACAAGGAGUGACCGGCCUCAGGUGCAACCGCUGCGCCCAGGGCUAUAAGCAGGGCACGUCGCCUCUGCGCCCCUGCGUCCGCAUUCAAGAGGUCGCUCCAACGCCAAUGUUCCAGUCUCAGUAUGGCAUCGACGAGGAGUGUGUGUCCCACUGCCAGCCAUCGCAGGGCAAAGUGAGGAUGAACUUGGACACAUACUGCCUAAAGGAUUAUGUCCUGAAGGUGCAGGUGCGAGCAAUGGAGCGCUCAGGUCCCUGGUGGCAAUUCUCUGUCUCUGUCCAAACCGUCUUCCGCACGAGGUCCCCCUCCCACAUCCGAAGGGGGCCCCAGUCUCUGUGGGUCCCUGACCGGGACCUCUCCUGCGGCUGCCCCACCCUGCACGUGGGCCGGACCUUUCUGCUGAUCGGCGCAGACGAGGGCGAGAGGGGGUGGGCACCUGAGGAGAGGCGCCUGGUGGCCGAUCGCUCCACGCUGGCUCUCCAGUGGCGGGAACACUGGAGCCCCAAGCUGAGGGGCUUUCGGGGGCAAGACAAGAGGGGGCGCUGCCCCAGUAAACCCUCCCACCCCCACAGGAAGGACUCUGAUCCGCAGACGAGGUACAUCCCCCCGCACCUGCUGACCGACACGGACACUGGAAGCUCUGGCGGUGAGAUCACGACCUUGUCGCCUCCUGACCUUGUGGUUACACAAGGUCACACAUGA